AUGUGCACUCUCUCUCUCUCUCUCUCUCUCUCUCUCUCUCUCUCUCUUUCUCUCUCAUUCUAUUUCUCUCUCUAUCUUUCUUUCGCUUUCUCUUCAAUCUUACCUUCUCUCGUUUUUCCCUUUUUUUCUUCAUCCUAUCUCUCUUUCUUCCUCGCUUUCUUCAGUUUGUUCCUAUUUAUCUAUCUAUCUAGUUCAUUCUGUUCCUAUUUAUCUAUCUAUAUAUCUAGUUCAGUUUGUUCCUAUUUAUCUAUCUAUCUAGUUCAGUUUGUUCCUAUCUAUCUAUCUAUAUAUCUAGUUCAGUUUGUUCCUAUUUAUCUAUCUAUCUGGUUCAGUUUGUUCCUAUUUAUCUAUCUAUCUAGUUCAUUCUGUUCCUAUUUAUCUAUCUAUAUAUCUAGUUCAGUUUGUUCCUAUUUAUCUAUCUAUCUAGUUCAUUCUGUUCCUAUUUAUCUAUCUAUAUAUCUAGUUCAUUUGUUCCUAUUUAUCUAUCUAUCUAGUUCAUUCUGUUCCUAUUUAUCUAUCUAUAUAUCUAGUUCAGUUUGUUCCUAUUUAUCUAUCUAUCUAGUUCAGUUUGUUCCUAUCUAUCUAUCUAUAUAUCUAGUUCAGUUUGUUCCUAUUUAUCUAUCUAUCUGUUCAGUUUGUUCCUAUCUGUCUAUCUAUCUAUCUAUCUAUCUAUCUAUCUAUCUAGUUCAGUUUGUUCCUAUCUAUCUGUCUAUCUAUCUAUCUAUCUAUCUAUCUAGUUCAGUUUGUUCCUAUCUAUUUGUCUAUCUACUUCAGUUUGUUCCUAUUUCAGUUUGUUCUUUCUUUCUUUCUAUUUAUCUAUCUAUCUGCCCAAAUUCAUUCAGUUUGUUCUUAUCUAUCUAUCUAUCUAUCUAUCUAUCUAUCUAUCUAUCUACUCAACUCAGUUUGUUCCUAUCUAUCUAUCUACUUCAGUUUGUUCAUAUAUAUCUAUCGGACCAUCAAACCGCUUAUAUAAAUCGGUAA